UAUCAUAAAAGUCACUUAGAUUAUCAACGAAAAAAGAUGUUGAAAGAGAAAUUUGCUAAACAGUUUGUUGUGAAAAAGUCUGGGACACUGGAUAAAACUUUAGAUGGUCAAUUUGGCUUGAUUCGGAAUGAAGAAGAUGUUAGAAUUCGAGAUAAGGGAUAUAACUUGCAUGCAUUUAACAUUCUUAUAUCCCAAAGAAUAGGGAAUCAUAGGGUUAUCCCCGAUACUAGGCACAAAUUAUGUCAGACUCAGAAGUACCCUGAAAAGCUGCCUAAAGCGUCUAUCAUUAUAUGUUUCUACAAUGAACACUUUGAAACUUUGUUGAGGUCAAUUCACUCCAUAUUAGAUCGGACUGACCAAAGAUAUCUGAAAGAAAUCAUUUUAGUUGACGAUUUUAGCGAUUUGGAUGGCUUACAUGACAAGGUACAAAGAGCUGUCAGUCAAUUAAACGGCAGAAUGAGAAAAGAAGAAGAGAUGUUGGAAACAAACAACAUAGAUGGUGAUAAUGCUGAUAAUUUAGUUGAUUACAUUAAUGAUGACAAUAAUAUUGAUAAGAAGACAACAGAAAAGAGUUACCUGUCUAAAGACGGUUUGAAUGUGAGAUUGUUGAGAACUAGUAAGAGAGAGGGUCUGAUUCGUGCGCGGCUGUAUGGAGCUGAUAAUAGUGUUGGCGAGGUCUUGGUAUUCCUAGACUCGCAUGUUGAAGUGAAUGUGGACUGGCUGCCGCCGUUGCUGCAGCGUUUGGCACAAGGUGUGGACGGCGUCAGAGUACGAUAUUCGCCGCGUGCUGUGAUGCCCGUCAUUGACGUCAUAAAUGCAGACACCUUCGACUACACUUCUAGUCCUCUAGUCCGAGGCGGCUUUAAUUGGGGUCUUCAUUUCAAAUGGGAUAACCUACCCAAAGGAACCCUCACUGAUGAUAGAGACUUUGUAGAGCCAAUAAAAUCACCGACAAUGGCUGGUGGACUUUUUGCUAUAUUUCGAGAAUAUUUCAAUUACGUCGGCAAAUAUGACGCAGGAAUGAAUGUAUGGGGUGGCGAAAACUUGGAAAUAUCGUUUAGAAUCUGGAUGUGUGGUGGAUCCUUGGAACUUAUUCCAUGCAGUCGCGUGGGGCACGUGUUUCGUAAACGGCGACCUUACGGCAUGGGGGAGCAGGAAGACUACAUGUUGAAUAAUUCUAUGCGAAUGGCCCACGUUUGGAUGGACGAAUAUGUGACAAAGGUCAUUGAUCAAAAUCCGUCGGCGGCUCACGUGAACUAUGGCGACAUAUCGGAGCGGCUAGCGUUACGGAAGAAGCUGCAGUGCAAGUCGUUUAAGUGGUAUCUGGAUCAUAUCUACCCUGAGCUAGAGACUGGCGAAAAUACGGCAGCCAAGAGGAGAAUUGUGGCUCUUAAUGAUCCCGAAAAGAACAAAUUCCAGCCAUGGCAUUCUAGAAAGAGAAACUAUGUGGAUUCGUACCAAAUUCGGUUGAAGAACAGCUCAUUGUGCCUCCAAAGCGCUAAGGACAUCAAGACCAAAGGCAGUUGGUUGAUAUUAGCUAGCUGCAUAAGGACACUAAAUCAGAUGUGGUUCGAGACAGAUCGUCACGAACUGGUGCUGGGUCGUACGCUUUGUCUAGAUGCGUCUAACAACGUGGCACCUACAUUGGGCAAAUGUCAUGAACUUGGCGGAUCGCAGGAAUGGAAACACAAGGGUUCGGCGGGUAGUCCUAUCUACAACACGGCUGCAGGGAUGUGCUUGGGUGUCGAACGUGCCUACCGCGCAGAACAGCUGCUCCUGGUCAUCUGCGAUAGCCAACCUACUAACAAGUGGGACUUUGUCCGCUCUUAAUUGUCCAACGGAAACAGGGUAUCUAUUAAUUGAUCAAUUCUGCGUUGACAGAGUACACAAUAAUUAAUAAUAACUUCGAGUAAGUAAAGUAUAUAGCUUGGGCCUUUUCACAGCGAGAUAGAAUUGGUACUUUAUAGGCAAGUAUGCUCCAAGUUUGACCAUACCGUCACUUUCCAUCGGACUGGUAAUAAGGAAUCGGACAACUUUUCUGAAAAUAUUUAAAAUUAACAUAUACGGGGAUAUCAUGCAUAUACAGCUCUUACAGUUAUUUGUUAAAUUUUAUCAACUUCGCAAGACUUUAUUAAUAAGAUCAUAAACAACAACUUUUGUUCCAUGUUUUUUUCAAAACAUAAUAAAACCAAAAACAAAGUUUUAAUUUUUUGUUGUACUAUCUAGAUCUGUAUUUGGUAAUAAGGUUGUAAGUUCAAAUAUGCAACCGUCCUCCCUGACGACCCCAUCAUCGCUACUGUGUUUUGCUUCGUACCGUUGACAGAGUUAUGAGUUUAUGACUGUUUAGAGCGAUAUAUUUAAAUAUUUUAAUUUUUUGUACGAAUGUCAAAUCUGACGAAUUAUUAACUCGAGGACCAAAAGCUGUUGCUUAUGAUGUUAGUUACACAGGCAUGUUAGGUUGUUACGAUUUUACAUAUAACCCUGUACUUAUACAGAUAGGAAAAAUAUUAUUUCAUUGAAAUAAAACUUCAAGUUCUCAGAACUUCGUUUGAGAAUUGAACUUAGAACGAGUGACGUCAUUGGUAGGUAAACAUGCUAUAACUCGUCAGUUGCAAGAAUUUUACGCGUUGAUUGACUACUACUGUCCUUAAUGCAAAAUUUGUAGUUUUAAAAAGUGUUUAAGCGGAGAAAAAGCACAAGAUAAUACUAUAAUACUCUACCAGUGAAUACGGUGAUGUUUCUUUGUUUACCUACAUAUGUCAUGUGGUGUGUUUCGUGUUUGCAUUUUUACAGAUUUUUUUCUUGAUUUAAAACUACAAAUCAUUUCACAAAAAUGUUCAGUGUCAAAAUAUUCAUCAUCAUUCUUCCCAACUACAUUUUAGAUGUUUUCUAAUUAUUUUCUGAUUAUUUAUUGUCAAAUGCUUGCCUAAAUCUCCUUAAACAAACAUUCUUACAUUGCCACGUUUUUAUAAAUAUAUUGUCAAUUUUGUUAGUUAUUUUAUAAUUCAGGAGUCUUAUUCUGUCGUGUAUGUUGUAUGUCUUUCAAUUACUUAAAUGAACAGCAGUACCAUGUCUAAGGAAUUUUAGUUCACACCCACGCACGCACAUACCCAAACUGGUUUCAUAUAAAUGGUGACCCCCUCGAAAAUCGAGCAAAAAUAACGAGACAAUUAUCCGAGAAAUUACUUUGUGCACUCGAAUUUGUUUAUUUUUUAGGAGUCUGCGAACUGCCACAGACUUACUGAGGACCGGGCAUUACAAUUGCUGGCAUGGCGAACUGAGUCUUAUGUGGGUUUGUACCGCUUCAGGACGCCCACGACGCGGUCGCAGUCGCAUAUGAAGGCUUCUCUUUUAUAUUUCGCCUUAUAUAAGUGUACCAUUGCGAAGCUGUUUAUUGGAAACCAUAUGUGUAUGUGUACAAGGUGUCGUAAGGAAUCUCUUAAUGUUUAACUCGAGCUGUAAUUGACAUUUCUAGCUUAGAUCACUGCUUUUGAUCUAAACUUAAUGAUUUUUAAAAUCAAUAAUAGCUUUAUAAGCGGCUUUUGAUAAGUGAAUUUACAUGUUUUUACAAUUCAAGAUUUUUAAAAAUUUCCUAGUUUUGGCUGUUAACUCGAAUGAACGAAAUCUCGUUAUAUACAACAGGAUUAACUCUUCUCCACUAUAAGCUAUUCAUUAUCGUUUACAAAGUGCCGCACAGGUGCCUCAGUUCAAAUGAAAAAGAUUGAUCGAUGUAGACAUUUUUAUACACUAUUUAUUAUUGUUGAUUUAAAGCGAAUAGCGAAUAGUAGAUUAGGAUAUACGUUAUAGCUUUUUGAAAUAUUAUUGAAUUUUUCUUGUUAACUUUUAUAGGGCAGCUAUAAAUUGUAGGAAUAGAUCAUGCAGUAUUAUUUAUUUAAUUUGAAAAAGUUGUUUUAUGAAUCUCGGAAACAUUUGAAUAAUUUUGUUACUUUUGUGUUUACUAAAUAUUACUGACGCUGGCGCACGAUCGAAUCUUGAGUUGUAUUGUGGUGUUGUAGGAUACCGUAGAUAACCUAUAUUUACCGAAGCGAAGACUACAUAAAAUUCAUGGUUAGGUUCGAAAGUGACUUUGGACCUUCAAAUGGUGUGUAUUGACUACUAAUGUUCGUUGUAAAUAAAAGAAAUUAGUUCUUUGAAUUUCCCCGUGGCGAUGGUCCACGACUCAUUUGUCAGUUAUACGUCGGCUAAAUUCGAAAACCUCGUAACCUCCAUUAAUGUCAAAUUUUGAGUAGGCUCAAAAACAGAAUUACUAGAAAUCGUAGAGGAAGAAUUGGGUAGAGGGGCUCUGUAAAUAAUAAAAACCGUAUAAGCGAGAUAGAUUUAUGCACAGAUAUAUCAGAGUAAACGAGAAAACAAUAUUAUUUUUUGUCCCUUUCUACGUAUGCGGUUUUGGUUGUAUGACUCAACACUCGUUAAGUCCAGCAAAUCCUUCCAAGUGUUUGAUGUGCAUAAUUUUAUGUGUUUGUAAUAUGUGUUUUACAAAGUUACUAACCGUUCCUUUGUAGUAAUUGACAAUAAUUGCAUCUCAUAGUAACGGUGCAUUAUUAUAUUUUAGGCUGUAAAAGCCGUACGGGACGAAAAAUUCCCAAUAUAACCUUUCACACGUAAGUUUUAAUUUUUUAUUACUAUCAUUGAAUUUUCUUGUAUGAAUUACUAGUGAAAUACUCUUACAAGCCUGGAAUAUUACAAUUUCAUGUAUUUUAUAUGAUGUUUGAAGUGUUUUUCUUAAUUGAAAGAUUUUUGUUUGCAUCGUAUAAACCUCUUAAAAUAAGGAGAAUAUCUUAUGUCAAAUAUGUCCAUCUCGCUUCUACCAGCAGUAGUUACGAUAAGCGAGAAAGAGAGAUCAAAUAAAUAGCGUAUAAAUUAAAUUAGACAGGCUUAAGCUGAUUUUAGGGAUACCGUGCUUUUGCCACUAUCUUUUCCCCAAUUUAUGGGUUACUUUACAAUACUUUUUCAGUUCGAAAUAGGUAUACUAAGUUAAUACUGUUCAAGGGCCAAUAAAAAAGUAAUGAUUUGUCAGAAUUGUUUUAUUUGGUUAUUAAAACUCAACCAAGCUAAAUGUGGUCUGGCGAAUUCUCCUUCCUUAGACUCGGCAAAUUUCAUCAUUAUCAUGAACCCAUUUAUACGUCCCACUGCUGGGCACGGGUCUCCUCUCAGGCGAGUGCUUAGGCGACAGUCCACCACACUGGCCCAAUGAGGGUUGGGGACU